GGAGUCUAUUUUUGUCUUGCGAAAUUGUUUUCUGUGACUAUUUGGGCGAAUUCUCCAUUGUACCAGAUGGAAUAAUGUGAAAAAGGAGCAUCAGUGUUGUGGGCUGUGUUUGUGUGGUUUACAUCAAGUGGGUUCCGCACGAGGUGUUUUGUAAAUGCAGAUUACUCACCUUCCAUCUGCCUUCAGAGACAAGAUAGCACUGCCAGAAGCAUCAACUGCCACGAGCAACAAUUAAUUCCUGACGACAUCAAUGAGCCCCAGCCAAUUAGUGCCCUCCUAACGAUAAUAUGCAAAGAAAGUGUUUCAUGUUCGCCUCCUGUAGGACUUAAGUGUGUUGUUUUAUCAUCUGUGGACACCAUGCCGGGUCAGUCGACCAAAGUGCCACCGGACAGAAAUCCUCCCGCCGCCAAGAUAGCCGGCCAUGACGCCGCGACGAAUGGCAUGAGGAAGCACAUUGGCGCGGAGGAAGAGGCCGCCGAGGAGGAUGUUGAGGGGAAAACAAUUACAAAAUGUGAUAGUAGACAUGUAGAUAGUGAUUUUAGUGGUAGCGCUAGAGCACAAGACAAGACCAUCAAUGGGAGACACCGUGGGAGUGUAGAGAAAGUUGCGCGGAGCGACAGUCGAGGUGAUAAGGAGACGUCCGCGUCGCCAGCCACGGAACAGAGGUACAUAUCGAGAUCGAACCGUGGAACUCCCAUCGUGAGGAAUCAAACACCAUGUAGUCCGACGAGUCGUUCGCUCACGGAAGCUCUCGGUGGCGUCCACAUUUCACCCACGGCAACGAAAAGUACGCCAAAAGUGGUAAAAGCGGCGGCGAGUGUGGCAAUAUCAUCAUCGGGUGAGUCAUCGUCAACAGGUACGAUGAAAAAAUCGAUUAAGACACCACCAGAUCAUCAACCGGUUCGAACAACGAAAGCGUCAAGGCUGCGAGCAGCUGCUCUAGACAAGAAGAAAGAGUCGAGUGCAUCGCCAUCGGCGUCAAGGAAAAUUGCUGUGGUGAGCGCAAAGAAGCGCCUGGUGCCCUCGAUAGCGGUGUCGGUGAACCAGACGCUGAAGGAAUUGACAGUGGAGGGAGUGUCCAAGUGCUCAGUGGACUCUCCGGAUUCGGAUUUGAUGAGCAGCUCCUUCACCUUUUCGUCGCCCUGCUUGAGGUCCUCCACGAUGAUUGGGGAGAUGGCAGAUGGCUCACCUCAGUCGUUGGAAUUGAGUCCCAUCCAGAAGCAAUCCACGUCGCCCAAGGACAAGGAGAAGGACAAGUCGUCUAAGAGGAAGUCUAAUCUGAAUAGAGCGCUGACAGAAGAAGCCACUCUGGACGACAGUGUGGAAUUGAGGCGGAGGAAGCGCAGAGAAUUGGGGGCGAUGAGAUUUCAAACGAGUGUCGAUGUCACCGUGAAGAUGCCACAGAGGGCUGAGGAGGUGGAGAAGAGGCGCUCGAGCACUGUCAGUCCCAAGCACUAUCUCAAGCAGCCGGCGAGCGUGCGAUCCAACGAUUUGCGAGUGUCCAGCGAUGGGGAGUGCAAUUUCACGAGAUUCAAUCAGCCUCUUCGAUCACCCACGAUUGACAAAGGGGCGAUGAGGAGCAGAGUUGUGCCAUAUGCUCACUCCAGUCGGGACUCUGACAGUGACUACAUGCGGAAGAACAGGAAGCUGUCCGAGGUGGAGCAGAAGAUGAAUGCGAUGAAGAGAAGGACAAGGAACGAUUUGGCGGCUAUCAAGAAGCUGGCUGGUCUGGACGCGCCCAAACCGCCGGUAACGAGUGAGACUGGAGGAUGUGUGGAAGUUUCGCCGGUCAAUAACAAUCACCAUGAGCUUGAGAAGGAUCCCAACGACAAUGCGCAGUUUGUUGAGAACGAAGUGGCCGAGGAGUCGGCUGUGGACUUGCGCCGGAAGAGUGCGGAGGAGUCUCAACCACCGAAUCAACUCGUGUCCAUACUGAAGAAGAAGGACAGUGAAUCCGGGGCUGGAUCCAGCAACGUGUCACCCGUGACGUUCUCCUCCAGUGUCGUGGAUACACCGACGAGAAACAGCUUUCGGCAGGGCAUUCUUAAAAAGCGCUCUUCCCUGGACGAGAGUCGCUAUAGCCGCAGUCACUCACCGGAUGAGAAAAGUGCCUUGGCGAAGAAUUUGCGGCGCAACAGUUUAGAGGAAAUUCAGCAUGGGAUUCUCAAAUCCACGAGCUACGAGCGCGAGGCUGAAUCUCUGCAGCCAAUGGAGCCUCACGGCAUUUUGAAGAAAAAAGACUCCACGUCGACUCCCUGCGAAACGCCGAAGCACGUAUCCAUUUCCCAAGCGGUGAUUUUAGCCGCGGCGGAACUCUGCAAGGAUAUUCACAACUCCUGCGAGAGUCCCGAGGUGAAGCCCAUACUGAAGACUGACAGCGUGACUCGAAGUGCGCCGAAGCCCAUUCUGAAGAAGAAGUAUUCAUCGGAGACGGAAGAGAUUCGACCCAUCCUCAAGACGAGCAGGAAGAGCAGUCGUGAGGAGAACUCUGACACGGACACUGACUGCGUCAGGUCCAUCCUGAAGACGGACUCUCCGUUCAAGAGGCUCUCGAAUCCCGACACGGCCAUUGAUAAGAGCAGCGCCGUGCUGCUCAGGAGUCGCUCCUUUGAGAACCCUGAAGUGUUCCCGAGUGAGAAUCCCAGUGAGGGCGGAGGUCAGCCGGUUUCUGUGGCGGAGCGCGUGAAGAACAUGGAGACAUUCCUCAAGCAGUCCUCGAUGGGAGCGGUGCCGAAGCUCACGGCCAGCUCACGCAGGGACAUGUACAAGAAUCGCUUCAAGACGCAGCCCGUGACAGUCGAUGAGAUUUCUAGCUUGCAGACAACAUUGGACAUUUUCCGACCAUCCUUCAUUGAUGCUGUCUCCUUCACUUCCAAAUCUUCCCUGAGGAGUCUCGAUUUCCCCGUGUCAACAUCCUCUCUAGACACCACCACCGAAUUCACGUCUCACUCCUUGUCUGGCGAGUACAAUUUGACAUCGCUGAGCAGCGAUAGCGGACUGCACACGGCCAAGACGUCGGAGAUGUCCUCUGGGGAUUUCCUGCACCAGAAGGAGGACAUGGAGAGGCAGAGGGACGAGUCCUCGCCCGAGGGCAGUCCAUCUGGUCACGCUGAGCGAGGUGAGGAGCCUCUGAAGCCCAUCGUGAGGGUGAAUAGUGUGCGCGCCAAGGCGAAUAUGUUCAAGGAGUUGGAGAAUAUGAGGAAGAAGGAGUCGGAAAAGCCAGUGACGUCACCUAUAAGGAAGCGUGUUUUGCCAUUCAAUCCAUUCGCUGGAGAUGAUCACGGGACAACUUCCAAGUCGAACAACAUUUCGGAUGAUUCUGGCACGGAAAUCGAACCGUCUUCACUUUCCAUAGUGGCGAAGAUGGAGAUGUUCAAUAAGUCGCCCAAUGUAAGGGUGAAUUUGAAGAGGAGCGCAAAUGUGAUAAUGCGAAGCAUUGGGCGAUUUGCUGUCGCGGCGAAAAAUGCAGCAAUGGUGAAUGGAUCGGCGCUGAAGGAGAGGCGGAAGCCGAAAAGGCAGAGAGACGACUUCGUGGACGCUUUUGAGGAGAUCUGCUGCGAAUUGACGGCUGAAGAGAUGACGAGAGCGAAUGAUGAUUUCGAGAGGAUCAUCAUAGAAGUCACAGAUACAUCUCCGUCCUCUUCGUCACUUUCCCGGCCAUCGGAGAUCCUGAAGAAGUCCAAGUCUGGCUGUGUGGGUCUGUUUCCCAUGGAUCUCAACAGUGAACUCAAGUCGCGCCUCAAGAAGUCCACGCACGCUUCAGUGGGGAAUCUGAAGAAGUCCGCCACAGCGCAGAUUUUGGCACCUGUGCAACCUGUGGAGGUGCACAAAUCCGCGUCGGAGAGCAGUGACUCGGAGGAGGGAAUUAGUCCUAGCAAGAACUUGGCGGCGAUUCUGCGGAGUGUGUCGAAGGAGAACAUCCAGAAGAGUCAUCAGAAGCCACCUCAAUCCGCUGAGAGUGAAGAUGUGAGGAGUUUGAAGAUGAAUCUGGCCAAUCUGCGCCUGCGAGAGCCCGAACCGGACAAAUCCACCAGCGAUGGCGAGAGCUCUGGUGGCAAAGAAGUGGCCAACAUCAUCAAGAACAGUGCGAUUGCUCGACGUCGCAAAUUGGCUGAUGGGAAAACAAUCGCAAAGAGCAAGAGUCAAUCGCAACUUGAACCAUCUCUUCGUUAUCACGUUAAUCCGGCGGAUGAAUGUGAUUCAACGGACUGUUUGCAAGGGUUGAGGGGUGAAAAGGCUUCAGUGACGACUGUUCCCGAUUAUCUGCGCGGCGGCAUUCGACGGAGUUUCACUCAGGAAAUGCGUCCGGAUCAGGAUCAGAUCUCCAAGAGUGGCUCAAUAGCCGAUCGUCUGGCUGCGCUGCAGAAAAGCGGCGAGGAUGACUGGAGGAAGCGCUUGAGCAGCCGAAGAGACACCACAGACAAUGUCAACACAGAGAAUCUCGUGAAUAAUGCCCUCCUUCUCGCCCAGUCCCUACAAAAUGCCGAGAAGGCUGAGACUCCGCCUGGAAUCAUCGCGGACAAAGUGUCAGAUCGACUCAGCAAGCUCAAGAUCUCCUCGCAGAGUUGGAAGGCACGCGUAGAGCCAUCAGAUGCCCAGAAAUUCACCGUGGCAGCGAAAGUUCAGAGUCCAGUUCAACUGCCAUUUGAGAAGUCCGAUGGGAAACGAUGUCCGCCGCGGAGGAUCUUCCGCAGCGCCAAUCCGCCACUUCUGGGCCUGGCUAAGAGUCCGUCAAUGAUGGUGCCGAGCGCUGAGCCCGUGCCGGCGCUGAAGAGGAGCGUGAGUGUGCCCGGCGAGGAGAGUCACGAGGCCACGACGGUGUCAGUUCUGCAGCCGGACGAUGAUGAGACAUUUGAGAAGUUCUUCUCCGGCGCGAGUAUUCGCAAUACUGUGAUAGAUGAAGAGGUGGAGAUUGCCGACUUCGAUGCCAUAAAGUCCACAGAGAGGUUGACCUUCAAGAGAGUCGUCCAGGGGCCCAAAGGACGUCGCUCCGCCAGGAAUCCGCUGAAAUCUCUGGCGGCAAGAGCCAAUAUUCAGAAUGAGUACACUGAAGUGAAGAGCAGUGUGACUGAUAAGGAGGUGAAGCGCUUGAAGCUCGAAGAGAUGGCCAGGAAGAGUCACUUGGCGGUGGAGGCCCUCGCGGGUCUGGCAUCUGUUGAGGACUUUAAGAGUGUCAGCCUGAAAUCUCACUCUCUGCCGCUGAACACUUCCUAUCUGCCGCACAAAUCGCCGAUGUUGCUGCAGAUCAAGGGCAGAACUCACGUGCAGACGCGCCUGGUGGAGCCCACUUAUUCCUCCGUCAAUUCCGGGGAUUGCUUCGUGCUCGUGACGCAAGACAGACUAUUCAGAUUCGUGGGCAGGAUGGCAAAUGUGAUUGAAAAGACGCGCAGUCAGCACAUCGUAGCGUUCAUUCUGGAGAACAAGGAUUUGGGAUGCGGUGCCACGAGGGAGUUGGUGGUGACGGAUGGCAGGCCAGGCGUGCACGAUGAGGAGUUCUGGGCGGUGCUGAAGAGACCACAAGACUGGGAGAUUGUAGGCUCUGGCCAUGCGGACGAGGAUGAUCUCUUCGAGGCGUGUUUGCUGGAGACCAACAUGGUGUUUGAGUAUCGGGACGAGGAGCUGCAUCCGGUGGAGGAGUUCUGGGGCUGCGUGCCGAAGAUUGAGUUGCUGGACGGCGACAAGGUGUUGGUGUUUAACUUUGCUAGUGAAGUGUACGUGUGGAGUGGAAAAAAUGCAGAUAGCGAUGCCAAGAGAGCAGCUCUGAGACUCACGCAGGAGAUGUUCAGCCAGGGAUAUGAUUAUUCUGACUGCGAGCUGAAUCCCGUGGAAUUUGCCACACUUGCUGGCGAUCGGGAAGAGAAUAUCAUUGAGAUUGUGCGACGAACGAAGCCACAGUAUCCAGAGUGGUGUCUUCUGGCCAGGAUCACGCAACAUAUGGAGACAGUGCUGUUCAGGGAGAAGUUCCUUGACUGGCCGGAUUACACGCGUGAUCCACUGUGUCGAGAGUACUCUAUUCACGGCGUGAAUGGCGUGAGAUCGCCCGAUGGCGAACGUUUGUAUCACACUGGAGAGUACGAGGAGCCGAAUGUGGUGCUGGAGAAUGCUAAUCUUGGCCGUGGCCACUUCUACUAUGAUCCAGACACAAUGAGGCACUUCGACGUGCUGACGGAUUCCGUGCAGAUGUGGCAAAUUCAGGAGAAUACCUUCGAUGCCGUGGAUGAGGCGUCCUUUGGUCACUUCCGCGCCGACGGGAGUUAUAUCAUCAAGUGGAUCUACAGGAUCAGUGUGACAGUGAGAGAGUUGUCGGGUAACAUCAGCAAUCGCAGCACGGUGGGCAGGAAUCGCUGCGCCUACUUUUGCUGGCAAGGCAUCGACUCCAGUGCCAAUGAGAAGGGCGCGGCGGCGCUGUUCACGGUGGAGCUGGACAAGGAGAAGGGAUCCCAGGUGCGCGUGAGACAGGGUCAGGAGAACACCGCUUUCAUCCGACUCUUCGGCAACAUGAUUGUGCACAAGACGAAGGAUUGUGACUCGUGGCGACUGUACAUUGUCAGUGGCAGUGAUCCAGAGGAGACAAUGCUGCAUGAAGUGUCUUGCCAGGUGUCUCAGUUGCGCUCCCGGACGUCCUUCAUCCUGAUUCACGGCCAGAGGCGAGAGAUGUUUGUGUGGCGUGGAUGCAAAGCCUCGGAGAAUUGCCAGAAGAUCACUGAGAAUGUUGUGAAGAGAAUCAAAGAGCAGCGAUCCAAGGAGUUCUUUGCUCCGACAACAGAAGACAGCCCUGAGGAGAUCAGUGUGACUUUUGAGUGCGAGGGAAGAGAGUCUGAUGAGUUCUUCGAGGCGAUCGGCGGGAAGAAGCGAGAAGAUUACUUUAGUCUCCUGGAAGCGGGUGAUCAAUUCGGUGACUUCACGCCCAGACUCUUUCACUUCACGCGCACGGAUGGGGCUUUCAAGGCGGAUGAACUCUUUAGUCUAAUCAGGACACGCGAUCACGCCACUCCAUAUCCUUUCACGCAGCUCGAGCUCUACACAGCGCGGCAGCCCACAAUCUUCCUUCUGGACGCCGGGGAAAGGUUGUGGCUGUGGCUGGGCUGGUGGCCGAAAGAGGACUCGGAUGCGAGCGAAGACAGCGAUGAACUGAUGAAUAGAGCCGGCGAGAAUCGGUGGCUGGACGAGAGGAGAGCCGCCUUGGCCACAGCUCUGAGCUACUGGAAGGCUAAGAAGGCUGCCCAACGGGAUGACGAUGAGUCGGAGGAGAGUGACGAAGAGGAGGAGCGCAAUGGAGCGGGAUUUGUCGUGUGGGCUGGUCUUGAGCCACUCGAGUUCAUCUCUUUCUUCCCCGACUGGAUUCCUCAUCCGGACGUGGAGGAGAUUAAUCGAAUGGACGGUCGCAGUGAGGAUGUCAUGUCAAUUUCCCAGUAUCUCAGUCAGAUCACGCAGCGAGAGUAUCCUCUGGCCACGCUUCUCAGCCGGCCGCUGCCCGAGGGCGUUGAUCCCACGCGCCUGGAGCUCUACUUGUCGCCGGAUGAGUUUGAGGAGGCACUCGGGGUGACUCUCAGUGAUUUCCAGGAGAUGCCCUUCUGGAAGCAAACGAAGCUGAAGAAGGAGAUUGGCCUGUUCUAACGGCAUUUCUCAGUAUUUCCCGGCACCAAUUUUGCACUUCUCUUGAAAAAUCAAUGCUGUCGAUAUAUCAUUUAAUUGAGCAUUUGGCGUACUUUUUGGCCUCUCUUUUGCCCCUUCAUUUUUUCUACUUCUUCAAAUGGCGAAAUAAACAGUUUGUGUGUGUAAUAGAAGAAGAGGAAAAAUACCGCAAAUUUCGCUGUGAAGAAGCGCACUCAUCGCAAUUGAUAUAGGAAAUGUAGCGUUUAGUCUUUACGGAGCGAGGUUGAAAACACUCACAUUCAAUUUCGAAAGAAUUAAACGGUGCCUUUGGUGAAGCGACUCUGAGGCAUGACUAAUGAUUGAGAGAGAGGACAAAGAAACAUUCUAAAUUUUUUAUAUGAAAAGUCAACUUAUUGUAAAUUAAUGUGAAUCACCCCCAAACAAAAGCACACACACACACAAUUUCUAGUCUUGAGACCGUUUAAAUUUUAUCAACAUGCAUUUCUCUUUGAGUUCUCUUUUCAUACCAUGAUUUAUCCGUGUGCCAAAAGAGCGUCCCUUGACUCUCACACUCCCCAAAAGAACCCACGACUUAACUGGAGAGAGCUAUCUUGUGUUUAAGAGGAAAAAAUCACGGAUUGGUGCUUAUUUCAAUUCAACAUUUCUCUCCUCAAUGUGUUUUCUCUCAUUCUUUCUCUAUUAUUAUGGCUAAAACAGCAGGCAUUACUUGUAAGGAGGUAACAAUAAAACGAGCAUUUGUUAAGUUUUUUUUUCCUUUCAAUGGGAUUUAACAGAGAGAUUAGGAUAAAUCACAAAUCUUCCUUUGUACAGUGUAUUAUUAAUUUCUCAUGUGUUAUGGUCUUUUCUCCAUACCUUUUAGCUUCUUUUUUGAUAUCUCUAGAUAAAUUAAUGAAGAAAAAAUCACACAAAAAUUAUUUAUAAUCAUGUAAAAUGGAAGACACUUCAGAAUCAUCUUUGAAAUGUACUUAACAGAUAAGAAGAGGAGAACAAGGAUUUAUGUGACGAAGAGCAACACACACAAUUUUUUAUAUGACGAUGAUGAUGAAAAGGAAAUAAGAACCAUAUAGCGUUGUAUAAGUGUAAAUUCUCAUUUUAUCAUUAUAAUGUUCGUAGUGCUUUUUUCACAAAUAAAACCAACUCUAUAAAACUC